CCCUCUCGCUCUCAAAAAUCCGGACACCAAGAAAAACGAACGGACAAUCCCACCUCAGAGAAGAGCCAGCGAGCGAGCGAGCGAGUUAUGCACUCCGAUUCGGAGCCCCGAAAAGACGGCCACGACCCGAAACGGAGGGCUUGACGAGCCGCGCGUAGCCGCCGGAGAUGGAGCUGUCUCUUCCUUCUCUGUCCCCGAGCACUUCGGCAGCUUCGCUCGCGUCCUCCUCCAGCAGAGCUUCGAAGCUCUACGAUCGUGGCGGGAGGAGGAGGCGGGCGAGCUUCAGCGAAGCCAGGCCUCAACCUCAGGUACGGUGCGUCAAGUCCUCCGCCGAGAGGACCAGUGACGGGAUCGACGCGAACAGGGAGAGAGAUGACGCAGGAGGAGGACAUUUCGCGGGUCCUGCCAUGGAGGUGACCACAUUUGACCGCAGCUUCAGCGAUUCGGAAUUCCCAAUUUGGGAGAAGAUCGGUGCUGUUGUACGGCUCAGUUACGGAAUCGGUAUAUACGGCGCAAUGGCGUUAGCCGGGCGGUUUAUUUGCUCAUUUACCGGGAUAGAUUGCAUGGGAGGGUUCCAUCCUUCACUGGACGUGAUCCUCGAAGGGCUCGGAUACGCUGCCCCUCCGAUCAUGGCUCUUCUGUUCAUACUAGAUGACGAGGUAGUGAAGUUGUCACCUCAUGCUCGGGCUAUAAGGGACGUGGAAGAUGAAGAGCUCUGGAGCUUCUUUUAUGGGAUGUCGCCGUGGCAGUUCAUACUAAUUGUUGCUGCGAGCUCAGUUGGGGAGGAGCUUUUCUACAGAGCUGCCAUUCAGGGAGCACUCGCCGAUAUGUUCUUUAGGGGCACAGAUUUGGUCACCAACGCUAAAGGGAUCGCUUCUCUGACUGGAGUGCUACCACCUUUUGUCCCUUUUGCCCAGGCAUUUGCAGCGGUUAUUACGGCUGCGCUAACAGGUUCUCUGUACUAUGUGGCUGCCUCCCCAAAAGAUCCCACAUACGUAGUUGCUCCAGUUUUGCAAUCUCGCUCGGGUCGUGAUAAUCUGAAGAAACUCUUUGCAGCCUGGUAUGAAAGGAGGCAAAUGAAGAAAAUCUACUCUCCUCUUCUUGAAGGACUUCUAGCUCUCUACCUUGGGUUUGAGUGGAUUCAGACAAACAACAUCCUUGCACCCAUGAUAACACAUGGGAUUUAUUCUGCGGUAAUACUCGGACAUGGCCUUUGGAAGAUUCAUGACCACCGGAGAAGACUACGCCAACGAAUCCAGCAGCUUAGAGAGGGAAACAAUUCGAAAUGAACACCGAAUCUGCAUAAAUGUAGCUCCGCGUGCAGGGAACUUGUACAUUACAUAGAGUUGACUAUUGUCCAGUAUAGCGGCAGAUGUAAUUUUAGUGGAAUUACCUUAUACAUCAACAAUAUGUUAGAGAAAUUCAAAGCCAUACACAUGAUAUCAUAAGAGGCCUCUUUU